GAAAUCGUUGACAACAAACAUUUCUAGCUGACAUGGUUGCUCGGAGCCAUUUUGUUCUGUUUCUUGUUUCGGUAUUCAUUUUGAGUGUAGCAGGGCUUGGACAACAUGACAAGGAUCUGGCAACGGUUCAUGUAAUCAAUGCCAUGCCAAGGGACUCAGGGCCGAUGCAAAUCCGCUGCAGUUCCAAGUAUACAGAUCAUGGGAUGCGAGAGCUUCAUGUAGGGGAUGAUUAUCAAUGUGGUGUCAGGGAACAAGCCUUGUAUUACUGUGAAGCCAUUUCGGGAAGGCAAAUAGCAUCCUGGCAUGCGUUUCAGCCUCGCAGAGAUAAGAAUCACAAGGCAGUUUUCUGGCUGGUGAAGGAGGAUGGGUUCUAUCUUAGUUGGGAUAAUUCUAGCUGGGUCAGAAAAUCUGGAUGGUACACUGAGUGAAAUUUAGCAUGUAUUUCAUUUCUUUUCUGCUCUUUGUUUGUUCAGAAUCAUCGUAACUCUGAGCCAAUUGAUAAGAAUUGUUUCUGUUAUUGCUUCUGAUGAAUUCUGGAUUAAAAUAAA